AUGGAGAAUCUGCCUCAAGAUGGUGAUGCCCUAGGGGGCAUUGAUCCAAGAGCUGAUCACCUUAGACCACAUCGCCAGCCACAACAUCCACCGCGCCAAGCUCGUGCCAUUGGAGCCUAUGAUCAAUCUCACAUUAAUGGUCAUAGGUUGGGAAUCAGAGCGCCACCACUGGAGAACAACAACUUUGAGAUCAAGCCAGGGCUGCUCAACACCAUAGAGAACAACAAGUAUCAUGAUGCUUUCAAGUUGAAGCUGUUCCCUUUCUCUUUGGGAGACAAGGCACACCAGUGGGAGAAGACUCUCCCAAGUGACACUGUCACUACUUGGGAAGAGUGUAAGAGAGAUUUCCUAGACAAGUUCUUCUCUACUUCAAGAACAGCUAAGAUCAGGAAUGAAAUCUCUGGGUUUCAACAGAAGGGUCUAGAGAGCUUCAGUGAAGCAUGGGAAAGGUUCAAGGGCUACUGUUCUCAAUGCCCUCAUCAUGGUUUCAGCAAGGAGAGUUCGCUUAGCACCUUCUAUAGAGGAGCUCUACCACAGUACAAAAACAUGCUUGAUACUGCCAGCAAUGAUUUCUUCUUGGGGAGAACUGAUGAAGAGGCAGAGGAACUGGUAGAGAACAUGGCCAAGAGUGACUCAGUCUACAGUGAGGAGCAUGAUAGGGUCAACAGAAGUGAUGAUCAGGAGACAAAGAAAGAGAUCAAUCAAGAGGUUCCUCCUAAGGUCAAUGAGGUUGAUGGUUUGGAAGGCCAAGAAGAGCUAUGCUUCAUCAACAACAAUGGUACUUGGUACAUGAAGGAACCUAACUUUCAGUACAACAACUACCAGCAAAGCAAUCACGACAAUCAGUCUACUCAAGCUCAAGGAAGUUCUUCACAAGCUCCAGCUUCAGAUACAAGUGUGGAUGCAAUGUUCAAGAAACUCUUGAACUUUCAGGCAAAGAAUGAGAAAACAAUAGCCAAGUCGCCAACAAGGAUCAUUACCUGGAAAGCCAGAGCAAAACCCCAAGGAAACAAUGAAGGCAUCACCCUACGGAGUGGUAGAGAGUUGCCUCCAAGAGUUCUCACCACGGAUGGUGAGAAACAAGGUGGGGACGUAGCCAUCAACAUUGAUGAUGAAGUAGUGAUUGUAGAUGAGAAGGUUGAUGAAGACAUUCUGGAAAAGAUUGUUGAAGCUAAGGGCAAAGGAAAGCCAAAGCUACCAUUCCCUGGAAGAUUCAAAAGACAGCUAUUAGAGAAGUACAAAGCACUCUUUGAGAAACAAAUGAGUGAAGUUCAGGUCACAAUGCCCAUCAUUGAUGCUUUUAUGUUGGUCCCUCAGUACAGUAAAUUCUUGAAAGAUGCUGUGGCUGCAAAGAAGAAAGAGAUGGAGGGCAUGAUGAUCCUUACCCACGAGUGCAGCGGCAUUAUCCAGAGGUUAGAUGUUCCAAGGAAGCUAGAGGAUCCAAGAUGUUUCACCUUACCUUGUGCUCUAGGACCCAUGGUGUUUGAGCGGUGUCUAUGCGAUCUUGGAGCUAGUGUUAGUUUGAUGCCUUUGUCUAUUGCAAAGAAGCUUGGAUUUACUCAACAAGAAGUGUAG